AUGCCACAGCCCAUCCAUCACCACCAAGAGAGCAUGCUCGAUUCCCAAAUCCAAUGGGAUAGGGAGCAGGCACGUCGCAUUCACGACACGUUGUCGUGCACGAUCGCGGAAUUACACAACGAGCUCCAUGCGAAAGAGGUCGAAAUAGAAUCCCUGCGAGCGAGUGUGCAAAGAGAGAAAGCCAAGCAAAGGGAAAUAGAGGAAAUGACGGCGUCGCUCGAAGCGCAAAAUUGCCAAGACAAGGACCAGUUGUCGAAAGUUACGCAGGGUUUGCGAGACAUGACGUUGAGCCAUGCGAACGAGAUGGAGAAGCUGCAUGCGGCACAAGACACCAUCAACGAAGAACGGGCGGUCAAGGACGCUUUACAACAUCGGUCGCACAACGAGCUUCCACGACUUGGUAAUGAGCUUGCUUGGCGUCGCGCAUCUGCACACCGCGAAGCGAGUCAGAAAAUGGUUAAUGCGCUGCGGCAUUCGCUGCACCUGGCAAAGCCGAGCUGCACCCCACCGACAACUCAGCCGCACGGCAUCGUCAAGCGCCGCGUGCACCUGUCCCCGCGUAAACAUGUACAUAGCUCGACGAGUCGACACAACAUGAACGUGUUUGGCGCACCCACCGACGCGGUACGGCCGUUGCGCGAUCUGUAG